UCUGAAAACAACGAGAAGGCUUUAUCAAGAGAGAAAAAAAAGUGUUCAGCUUGGGUUGUUUUCAAAAGAUAAAGAUUCAUCUGGCUUUGGUCUAUUUUUUUGUUAGUUUUGGUGCGUUGCCGCUUGUACAAAGAUGGCGAUGAAACUGUAAGGGAUGUAGGGGCGGUUAAAGCCACCGGGUUUUGUUGGGUUACGAUGGAGGGACCUGCCACAAGAGAGUUUGAGUUGUCUCUGUCAGACGGUGCGUCGGACAACGACGACAACUUGCCGAUGACGCUGCCAACAGACAACAGCCAAAGCGGGAGCAUCCGCAAGGGGUGUGAUCCCUUCGCUCAGACUCAGCGCAGUAAACUGCAACAUCGACGAGCUCGCAUCAACCAGCAGAUCAACAAGGAGCUGCGCAUGAGAGCGGGAGCGGAGAAUCUUUUUAGAGCAACAACCAACAACAAGGUGAAGGAGACUGUGGCUCUGGAGCUCAGCUUUGUCAACUCCAACCUGCAGCUGCUCAAGGAAGAGCUGGAAGAGCUUAACAGCAACAUGGAGAUCUACCAGACAGAAAGUGAUGCCAUCAGUGUUCCCAUGAUUCCCCUUGGCCUGAAAGAAACCAAAGAAGUGGACUUUACUGUUCCUAUCCAGGAUUUCAUUUGCGAGCACUACAGAGAGGACAGCAGUCUAUACGACAAAGAGAUCAAAGAGCUGAUUGAGCUCAGACAGGCGAUGCGUACGCCCAGCCGUAACCAGGCUGGACUAGAUCUACUGAUGGAGUACUACAAUCAGCUGUACUAUUUGGAUCAGCGCUUCUACUCUGCACACAAGAACCUAGGCGUUCACUUUCACUGGUACGACUCUCUGACAGGGGUCCCAUCGUCUCAGCGUGCGCUGGCAUUUGAGAAGGGAAGCGUGCUGUUCAACAUCGGAGCUCUGUUCACGCAGAUCGGAGCGCGGCAGGACCGCUCCGCCACAGCCGGCAUCGACAAGGCGAUAGAUGCUUUUCAGAGAGCUGCAGGUGCAUUUAAUUACCUUAAAGAGAACUUCUCCAAUGCUCCAAGUCUUGACAUGAGCGCUCCGUCCCUCAGCAUGCUGGUCCGCCUGAUGGUCGCUCAGGUGCAGGAGUGUGUGUUUGAACGCAUCACAAUCACCACGCAGGACACUAAGUUUACCUCCCAACUCCAGCUGGCACAAGAAGCUGCGCAGGUGUCAGAUGUUUACUCGCUGGUGCACCAGACGAUGACGCAGCCUCUGAUGAAGGAUUAUGUGCCUUUUUCAUGGGCCUCCAUGGUUCAGGUCAAAUCUGAACACUUCCGUGCUCUCUCACACUAUUACGCUGCUGCUGCACUUUGUGACCACACAUCAUCGUCUGACGGGGAGGAGUGCAAAGAGGAGGCAGAGAAGACCUUCCUCAGGUUUUAUGUCAACAUUGCUUCAGGGCAAACUCUCAGCGAGAUUCUACAGGUUCCUGAAAAAAGACGAAAGCUCGGUAAAGCCCACCUUCGGCGCGCAGUUAUGAGGCAUGAGGAAGCCAUGCGUGUCCACAGUCUAUGUAAGAUCCUGAGGAAGAUGGACAUCCUGCAGGAUGUGCUCUGUCAAACACACAAACACUCAUUGGAGAAAUACUUGGAGCUGGACCGGGAAGACGACUUUGAUGAAACAGCAGAAGCCCCAGAGAUACAAGCUCAUACUCAGCAGAAACCAGACAUCAGUCCACCAAGCUUCUCUGCAGUCCAGGUUACUGACAUCUUUCAAAGACUGGGCCCCUUGUCAGUGUUCGGUGCGAGGGCACGUUGGGGACCCACACGUGUGAUCUGCCUGCAGAAAAGAGAAAGUGGGAUGGGUCUCACACUCCGAGGGGACUCCCCUGUCCUGGUUGCUGGAGUGGUGCCUGGAGGUUGUGCAGAGGAGGCAGGACUAAGGGAGGGAGACUACAUUGUAGCAGUGGAUGGACAGGACUGUAAGUGGGCCAAACAUGGGGAGGUAGUCCACAUGCUGAAGAGCUGCAGCGACAGAGAGGUAGAGAUCAGUGUUGUGACGUUACACUCACAUGACACACAGGUGGAGAGAAAAGCCGGCAUGCUGUCCCACUGCAGCGACAAAGAAAACGCUCGCCAACGUUUGCUGGGUGGGGCCAAGGGGCAGAGCUCCGCCUCCUUGUUGAACUGGAACAGGAAGAAAAAGAGGGACGGCAGCGGUGUCGCCAAGAAACUGGGAAGCACUUUUAGUUUGUCAUUUGGAAACAUUCGUGACACUGAGGCCAUGUACUGAGAUGGGACUGUGGAGAAAUCACUCAGGGACCCAGAGCAGCAGAGAAGGUACGGUGUGCAGCAGUGUUCGGUGCUGAGCAAAGAAGCUCAAGCUGUGAUGGGGAAGGUGCGUGGAAGGGCAAAUCUUUCUGGAGGUCUGGUCUAUCAGACUAUUUUUAAGUCAAAAUGUGAGUUUAUUUGUCAAAUACUACCUGUGGAAACACAAAUACCUGGUAAAAAAAACCAAAACUGUGACCUACAGGGGUUGGACAAUGAAACUGAAACAUCUGUCAUUUUAGUGUGGGAAGUUUCAUGGCUAAAUUGGACCAGCCUGGUAGCCAGUCUUCAUUGA